UGUUGCCCGAAACAGAGACACGAGAGAUUGAGUUGAGAGAUGAGAUGAGAGACCGGAGAGAGGGGCUGAGAUUGAGAGAAAAGAGAAACAGAGAUUGAGAGAUGGAGUGGCUUGAGAGAAGAGAUGAGUCCGAGAGGUGGAGAACUGGGAGACCCGGUUCUGCCCGUGACCGGCAAACCCGGGAAACCCGUCAACGCCGUACCCAGAUCCCGGCAACCCAGCAAACCCGGAGACCCGAUCCAAGCCGUCAGCACAGCCCAUCCCAUGCAACCCGUGAACCUCGGCCCAACCCAGACGACCCAGCUGAACCCGUGAGCUCGAACCCAAUCCGGGAGGACCCGUAGCAGACCCGUGACCCAGCCGAGCCCGUACGCCGUUAGCCCGGAAAACCCGAUCCUAACCCGAUCCUCCUUGCCCGGCGAUUCCAGCAGCAAUUUCCGGCGAUCCUUCGUUGAAUUUUAAUGGAUUUUCACAGAAAAUCCUCAAGGUGAUGAACUGAGAGAAUGUACGAAAAAACUUAUUAUUUUUGGCACCCUUUUGGGUUAUUUUUGUAGCACUAUGUCUGCAGACAGUUCUCAACGCAGGGUCCAACAAAGGACAGAAGAAGCUCAAGCUGCCUUCUUAGUAAAAGUAGAGAACAGGCAGGCUAUUCCAGAAAGGAAUGUCCUCAAAGUGGAUGUGACGGUAGCUCCCUUUGAUUACAUUGCUGAGAUGAACCCUUGGGGAUAUCUUUACAACUGUGCAUGCACAGUAUAUCCCAGACUGGUGAGGGAGUUUUACAGGUAUCUAGAUGUGAUUCAGGAUAAGAACCAUGGGAUCAUUCUUCAGACUUCUGCUCAGGGCUACAUGCUUCAGAUUGAUCCUCAUGUCAUCAGUGCCAUCAUUGAUUUUCCAGUCCUGCCUGUUUCUGCCAGAUCCUUCACAGAGGACAUUGAGCCCCCUACUUUGAAGCAGCUCAAGGAUUACUUUCAUGCCCAUCCACAGAGCCAUGAGCAAGCUCAUGCAUUUAUCAAGAUAGGUGCCUUUUCUCCCCCGCACCGACUGUUUGCAAAGAUUGUUUUGCACAAUCUAUGGCCCACAGUUCGCAAGAGUGAGCUUGUUCUGAAGAGGGCCCAGUUUUUAUAUGCUCUAUGUAUGAGGAUGCCUUUUUGUUUGUGUAAGCACAUCCUCAAUCUUCUGCUGGAUAUGAGAGAUAAACACUCUAUAGGGCUUCCUUUUGCGUGCUUGAUCACAAAGCUCAUUAUUCAGUCUAGGAUAGAAGUCUCUGCAGAGCCUGUGAUGAGGAUACAGGACUCCCUUGGCAUUCAGACUCUCAUGAAGUCUAAUGCUCAGUUACGGUUCGAAGGUCAAGGCGAAGCUCAUCAGCCACCUCUAGCUUAGGAUGAUCAGCAUGCAGUAGCUUCCUCUUCUUAGACUGCUCCCCCACUUCCACUUUAUGAUGCUAGAUAUGCUCAGAUACUGACUGCAUUGAGUUCUGUGCAGGGAGAUAUUAGCUUUAUUCAGCGGGAGGUUCGCUCCAUCAGUACUCGAGUUGAGAAGUGCCAACUCAAUAUUCAAGAGUGUCUCAAGCACCAUUUUCCCGAUGAUGAUUAAUUGUUUUUCUUUUUUGUGCUUUAUUGUUUUAUUUUGAGACAAUUUUAUUUUCCUGUUUUGGAUUAUUGUAAUACUUUAUAACUCUGGGUUUUAUUUACUCUCUUUACCCUUGUCCUGUUUAGACAUUAAGGGGGAGUAAUUUGUUAUCUGUUUUUUUUUUUUUUU